AUGAUUCGCCCUACUCAGUAUCGGGGUCCUCUCCUUAUACCGGAUCUCAACGUGCCCAGCGUCGACCACAAGCCCAAAGAGUCGGGAGAAUAUCUCUUCCGCGGCAAACCUGUCACCUUCAACAAAAAAGCUGAUCGCACGGCCGAUGAUUCUAGCCAAUUGGAAAAGCGCUGGGUUUCUCCUGAGGGCCGCUCCAUAGACCAAGGGUCCACGAUUAUCACACUGAUUAACGCGACCCCGUACCGCUGGCGCAGAGGCUACUCCAACUCCUACCAGAUGGAGAAGUGGGACGAGAGAUUCCCCAAGUAUAUUGAACCGGGUCAGUCGCAUCGCAUCUUCAGCGCUAUAAUAGGCGGGCUUCACUUGUCGGAUUCAGCCGGUGAGGUCGCCUACCAUCUCGAGGGCACGUCCAAGCCCAUGUCUUUCAUGAUCGAAAGACGCAAGGGCGUGAAGCACCCCGUAUUCAUCCGGUUCCUUGAAAACUUUGAGACCAAGACCCUUGGAAAGAAAUCCGAGGUAGACCUUGGGUUCCACAUGUUCCCUGGCGGUUCGACCUUCAUCUUGUCCGGGACGGAGCGCAACUUCGUGUGUACCGGUCCUCCCAAGGGUUGGAUGCAGGACAUGCUCCCAGAGAUUGGCCAUAUACCACUAAGAUCAAUCAUCAUGCCGAGGUCACACCAUGUGGGUAUGUCCAGGGGCAAAGUACGAAUCGGUCUCGGUCAGGCUGCCAACACGCUCUGUCAAACAAAGACUACCAAACAUCAAAUUGAAGAGCUUGGCGUCCGUGUUCUUGACGUUCGCCCAUUCCUCUUCCAAAAUGUCUACCGUGCCGCUCAUGGCACCAUGAUCCUCGGGGCGUGGAACGGCAUGCUGGGAGAGACUGUGAAGGGCAUCGCCGAAGCCGUCAGAACAUUCCACAAUACGUACCCAGGCGAACUGAUCAUCAUUGACAUCCCCGCCCCCGAUACCGGGUACAUCUUCAACGGGCGCCAAGAUAUGACCGACGAACAAAUUCAAGGCCUGUACAAGAUAUUGAUCUCGUUGACCAAACCAUUGAUGCUCCCUGACGACGAGGACAUCACCAAGUGGCCCCUUGAGCGGUUCAUCGGCAACAAGACGUCGGGCACCAUCAUCCGAGUCAGCCAGAGCUGGGCUGAGAGGAAGAGCUUCCCUGGCGGCCAGCACGGCUUCGUCUCGGACAAGAACUUCCCCAUGAACCACCGGUGGUCCAAUAAGAAUACCGGAAAGGCGAUGUUUAGGGACCAGAUCGAAUAUAUACGACGCAACCGGGCAGGGCGUGACUCGAAGCUGUUCCACGCGGACUGGGUCAUCACGCAAUCAGUCGAGGACGCCGUCUUCCCAACACGGUCCAUCAACAAGAUGGCGCUCGAGGCCUACGGCGGCCUAUACAACGACCUCUGGAAUGCGACGACGGACCAGGUGUACCCGAACUGGAUCGCGACGGACAACAUCCACUCGUCGGAGCUGACCAGCUUCGUAGUGGCCCUGAACCACUGCUUCGUUGCACGGAAGUGUGGCAGCCUGGGAGGCAAGGUGAAGAAGUUCAUAAAAGACAAGACAGGCAAGAAGUUUAUUGCUUGA